AUGCUCCGCCAGCACUAUGGGUGGGAAGAGAAGUACCGCCCAAGGAAACCUCGUUUUUUCAAUCGUGUACGGACUUGUUAUUUCUGGAAUAAGUACAACCAGACACACUACGAUCACGAUAACCCGCCUCCGAAGAUCGUGCAGGGCUAUAAGUUCAAUAUAUUCUACCCGGAUUUGAUCGACAAGACCAAGACCCCCACGUGGACUCUAGAGCCCUCUGAUACACCCGACACGAUCAUCGUGCGUUUCCAUGCGGGUCCACCGUAUGAAGAUGUUGCAUUCAAGGUUUUGAAUCGCGAAUGGCAUUUAGAAAGAUUUAGAGGUUUCCGCAACGUAUUCGAUCGCGGCAUCAUGCAGCUGUACUUCAGCUUCAAGAAGUACUGCUACAGGCGAUAA